AUGCACUCUACAAGCCCAACCCCAUCGACAUCGAGUAUCAGCUCAUUUAUUUCUACAGGAACCCUGGAGUCGCCAACCGAUUUCUCUCCGGUUAAGUCUGGCUCCCCUACUGUCGAAUUGUCCUGCCGGGUCUGCGGCUCCGUCCCGGCAAUUCACGUGUAUGGAUCGUACUGCUGCGGAGGCUGCAAAAUCUUCUUCCUGCGCUGCGCCGUCGGCGGCAAGCCAUUAAUGUGCACAAAGGGUGGACGCUGUGAAGAAGCCUCCGAAGGUGGCCUGAAAAAAUGCCGAGCCUGCCGCUAUCAGAAGUGCAUUCGGGUUGGACUACUGCCAAAUAUCCCCGGCCAGCGAGCGCAACGCCGAAAACUCGGCGAGCAAAAGCCGCAACUCGUCGGAAAAGUUGAGCAUGUUCCGCAGCCAUCAACUCCCUGCACUCCUGCCCGGUCACCGCAAAAUUUCUGCCUCGAGCCCAACUACAAGGCCAUGGCGAUGACGCUGGCAGAGUUGGAGAGGAGUUGUGGAGCCAAUGCGGAUGAGCUGAUGCAGAACUGGAAGCUGCCGACAAAGUUGAGCCAGAGCUCAUUCAUGCCUCGUUGCUGUGGCCGCGCAGUCGCUCACCUGGUCGACUGGCUGAAAGCAACACCGGAAGUUUGGGCCCUUGAUGACCAGGACCGGGUCUACUUCUGCUCCCGGCUCUUCCCGAUGCUCUUCCCGCUCCAACUCUUCUACUGCACCUACAAGCUGACCCGCGACGGGAUGUUGAGCUGGCAGACUGACUUUUUGGCGCUGUAUCCUGAAUUCGCCGAGGUCCUCUCCCCGGGUGCCCUGAAUUUGCAUGCACUCGUGAUGCGCAUGUUCCGCGAGCUCGGCCUCACCGAUGAGGAGUACGCCGUCCUGAAGAACGUGAUCAUCUUCAGCAAUGCCCUCGGCUUCUCCCAAGCCAGCGCGGAGAUCGUCCGAAAAGCGCGUGUGAAGUAUGAGGCAAUUUUGGUGCAGCUAAUCCGUGAUCGCGUUCCGGACGACACCACGGCACUACGGUACAUGAGCGACCUGCUGACGUUGAGGCAGACGUUAUGUAGCGGCAUGCUGAAAGAAACACCCUACUACACCCGGGCCACCGUCCUCAAGCACCUCUUCAGCCCGCAAGACGGACAGAUCAGCCCGGAGAUUUUUCUCGCCUCCCUGUCAACC